AUGCAGUUGCACAUCAGAGGACAAUCUACGCACAUCCUAGAUGUGAAUGGCGAAGAAUCCAUCGCUCAAAUUAAGGAGCGUAUUCGUGCGCUUUCUGACGUUGGCGCUGAGGACUUGACUCUGUCGGUCUGUGGAGCUCCUCUUGAGGAUGGAACUCUUGUAUCUGAACUCUCUUCAACAGAACUUGACCUUACCGUGCCACUGCUCGGUGGUAAAGUGCACGGUUCUCUGGCUCGUGCUGGUAAGGUAAAGGGACAAACCCCAAAGGUAGAGAAACAACAGAAAAAGAAGAAGAAGACUGGCCGUGCUAAACGUAGGAUCCAAUACAACAGAAGGUUUGUGAACGUCGUCCAAACCUUCGGCCGUCGGCGCGGACCCAACUCAAACUCUUAG